AUGUCCUUCGACGAGUCAUUCCUUAGCCCGAGAGGCUUGUUGGUAAACAACAACUCAAACUUUGUCUGUCAUGGGCCGAACUUCUCAAAGCUCCAACAGGCGACGCAGGCAACGCUAAGAUUGCCAUAUGAUGACCAAAGAAUUCGCUAUGUGGCUGGGUUUACAGACAAGGGAAUGCAAGAGCUGUACUCUGAUAUACUCAUCCCCAUCAUGGAUGACUUUUACAAGAUUACCCACCAAUCCAUGGUUCUGGAGAGUGGAUAUCGUUCCGUGGGAGACGUAUGCAAACACAUUCUGGGACUCGCAGCCGCAACCCAAAUGGACUAUGACAAGAUAUUUGAUGCUCUUGAGAGGCUCUACGGCCAGGAAUCAGACAACGACAGCCUCCGCGAGGAAGUUCAGGCGAAAAUGAAAGAACGCAUAGAUAAACUCGCAUCCUUAUCAGAUAUAGCCACUGACGUAACCAACAGCCUGAGAGACGCUAUUGGAAAUGCUACUGAGGCGCAAAUCCUGGUCAAAAAGAUUGGCGCAGAUUUGUCCAGUCAAAGUACCAUCGAGCGACUUCGCGCAUGCCAUGAGGGCGAGCGUGACUCGGAGGACUUUGACAAUGACUGUAAUGCGUUGGGAAUUCUCCAGGGUAUAAUAGACAAGCAAAAUAUGCAAGACGACUCGGGCGGCUCAAUGGAUAACUUGCAACACGCUGAGCCACCGUCGAUAUCUGGAAUGAUCUCACUGCAUUGUCCACCUAUGUGGCGGAACAUACAAAACCUGGACCAGGGCCUCUCCUAG